AUGGCAUUGCGUUCCCCUAUCAGUAUCACCCCAAUCCUCUUCAUACUUUCUUGCUUCCUCGCGCUUCGUGUCUCUGCAAUUCAAAUUAUCUCCAAAUCCAAGCUCGAGAAGUGCGAGAGGAACUCCAACUCCGACAAUCUCAAUUGCACUACCAAAAUCGUACUGAACAUGGCUGUUCCGAGUGGCUCGAGUGGAGGAGAGGCGUCCAUUGUAGCGGAAUUGGUGGAAGUGGAGGAAAAUUCAACCAGGAAAAUGCAGACAUUGCGGAUUCCACCUGUGAUAACUGUCAACAAAACUUCUGCAUAUGCGUUGUAUGAGUUAACAUAUAUACGAGAUGUUCCUUAUAAACCUGAAGAGUACUAUGUUAAGACACGCAAAUGUGAGCCAGAUGCUGGUGCAAAUGUCGUGAAGAUAUGCGAAAGGAAAGCCAUACUGCGUGACGAAGAGGGUCAUAUUAUUGAGAACACUCAGCCAAUAUGUUGUCCAUGUGGGCCUCAGCGGCGAAUGCCUUCAUCAUGUGGAAACUUCUUUGACAAAUUAACCAAAGGAAAGGUCAAUACUGCACAUUGUCUGCGUUUCCCUGGUGAUUGGUUUCAUGUUUUUGGUAUUGGCCAGAGAACCUUGAGCUUUAGCGUUCGAAUACAGGUGAAGAGUGGAACUAAAAUUUCGUUGGCAAAUCGAGUAAAACAAUCGCUUGCUUUUUUUAGGGCAGAGACUCAUGAGGUGGUUGUGGCUCCUGAAAACAGAACAGUGAUCUCUGAUGAUAAAUUUUUGAGGGUUAAUCUUAUAGGAGAUUUUGUUGGGUAUACAAAUAUACCAUCUUUUGAGGAUUUCUAUCUAGUUGUACCAAGGCAGGGCAGCCCUGGUCAACCACAUGAUUUGGGGAGAAACAUUUCUAUGUGGAUGCUGCUUGAGAGAGCUGACCUGAAUCGAAUAAGUAGGAAUCAGGUGCCACUCUAUGGUUUGGAAGGAAGGUUUGAAAGGAUAAACCAACAUCCAAGGGCUGGGAGUUAUUCGUUCUCCAUAGGAAUUACAGAAGUUCUUAAUACAAACCUUGUGAUAGAAUUAAGUGCGAAUGAUGUAGAAGCCGAAUGUCAAUUUGCUACUACGGCAACUGUUCUUGACAAUGGCACACAGAAAAGACAAAAAUGCUCUGGGUUUUUUGACUUCAAGUGCCACAUACAAUAUGUAUGCUUGAGUUGGGUAAUGCUGUUUGGUCUUUGUUUGACAAUUUUUCCGACAGUGCUUGUACUAUUAUGGCUUUUGCACCAGAAAGGUCUAUUUGAUCCUCUUUACGAUUGGUGGGACGAUCUCUCAGCAGCUGAUGAACAGAUCGUCAUGGAUAAACGUAAAAUCACAAGUGACAACGGACAUCACCGUAUUCGUGAUAACAAGCAUCAUAAGCAAGAGUUUAGGCACCCUAACUACAGUGCUCAAUAUAGGCGAAGGACCACUUAUGAGCAUAAAAACAAGUAUUCGGAAAGGAGCUCUAAUUAUUUUGACGAUUUACACCUUGUUCAUAAAGAAAUGCACAAGCAUUCCGGAAGUCACUCUGAUUAUUUUGAUGAUUUAGAACAUGUUCACAAAGAAAUGCACAAGCAUGGACAUAAGAAAAAGAAUAUGGAUAAUCUGCAGCAUAUUGCUGACCAUCCUGCACACCACAUACACAGAAAGAAAUGGGAUAGUUCGAAGGGACAACUUAAAGAGACGAAGUUAAAGCAUGAUAAAGUGAGGCAAGAAAAUCAUGGCAAACACAAACAAGUUCAGCUAUAUGAGCCAGAGGACGAGUAG